AUGGCACUAUAUUUUCGUCUAAUCUCCAUCCUCGUCUUUUCUUUCUAUGCGGAAGUCUUUGGGCUUAAGCCCCAAUUCUCAUCAACGCAGCUCCAACUCCUGCGAAAUUCGCUAUGGGAAUUCGGAACCCUGGACGUUGAAUUCCACUUCCCGAACAAGAAACCGGCCGCUGAUGAGGUUUUUGCGGCUUUGGUCGACUCGGAAAAGCUUUUGCCGCUAAUUGAAAUAAGGCGCCGGGGCGACAAGAUCAGGCUAAACAUCUUUGACGAGGACAACGUCACCUCACACGAAGUUGAUGAUACCCCAAAAUUCAUUCUAACCUUCAAAAUGGAUCUGAACAACGUGACGACGCUCUCCAUUGGUGACACAUUCAUCUCGUGCCUAAAUCCACUCCCCACGGCAGCCCAUAAUUUGGAGGCCGUGGCCAGCAGUUCUUAUCUGGAGCUGGCCGUUCGGGUGCCAAUUUCCGGGAAUUCCCGCAUAUCCCCAGCACAAUGCCAAUUAGGCGGACGUCAGCGAACACAGGAUAUGAAGCGAUAUUGUAAAUAUGAUACGUUAUUCUACGAAUCCGGUGCUACGUUCCAGCCUGGGACAUGCGAAAAUUGUUUGUGCGAGAAUGGGAGUGUCACUUGUAAAUUUGAGUCCCCGGUCCCAUGUGACGACACGACCCCCGAAUGGCUUCGCGGCUGUUGCAAUAUUGUGGAAAAGAAGGAUUUUUGCGCCAAGAACCCCUGUUCACCAAAUGCAAAUUGCACGAAUCUGAUCGAUCGGGCGGAUUGUGCUUGUAAGGAGGGCUUCAUCGGCGACGGCUUCAAAUGUGACGACAUCGACGAGUGCUUAUUCAAUGAUGAAGCGAAGGCUCAGCUUGGCGGAUGUCUGGUCGGGACUGCUUGCGUCAACCUGCCCGGAUCUUUCAAAUGCGAGUGCCUCCCCGGGCAUCAAAGAAUGGACGAGCGGCUGUGCUUGGAUGAUCCGGGAAUGUACGAACCGUCGCCAGAUUACGGAUUUGCCGACGCACAUCCAGUUUAUUAUUACCAAGAGGAGGAGCAGUACGUGCAACGGCCAAAAAUACAAGAACGACCUCCACAGUAUUUGCAAAAACCGCCUCACUCCUAUGUACCCCUAACCCCGCCAAAGCCAAAUCUACUCCCCGCCUUCGAUCAAGACCGUGGCGUAAAUGUAGACAACUACAGAUCAGCUGCCACCGAUCACAUCAAGCAAAUCGGCGUCCCGGUAUUACCGAUGGGCCAACCAGCAACUGCUGGGGUGGAUAGUUAUGGCAUCGUUCCCCCAUCCCAAAACAAGGCCUACCUACAGCAUUUGAAAAACCAUCGGAAUUUCGACACGAUGAAGAAUUUGCAGAGUGUGAAUGACUGCCAGAUUUGUCAAAUGUUUUUGGCGGCCGAAGGGCAUCAACUCUACCAACCACCUCCUCCCAAGCCUCGGAUGAAUGCUCUCGCGGUCCAGAUCCCGAGCGAGCCAGAUUUCGACUACUUACCCCCUCAAAUUCCUUCACAAAACCACUUUGCGGCUCCGGUACAAAACGGCUAUUCCGGUCCGGCACAAAACGGAUAUGCUAAUCAUGCACCUUAUCCGGAGGCACAAUCAAAUAUGAUGCCCUCGCCGCAUCAGCCUCAGCCUGCUGGGAUCUUUGAUGGACUAGUGGAUGCGAGACAUCGAUCAAGGGUACAUGUUAAGGACAUCUUCACCGCGCCCUCCAACCCUCAUCAACUUCACCCAUCCAACGGGCACUCACAAGGGAAGGGCACAGGCACAGAUCCGGCUCCGAACGGAUACUCGCCACGACUUGUACACCAAAAGUUAAUGAUCCCGGCACCGGAUUAUGACCGGACGCUGGGAGCAUCAGCUGCCGCUCAGGUUCUGGCACGGCAACCCCAGCUACAGGAGAUUAGUGGCAAGAAGCUGUCCGGAAGCAGUGAUUCUUCAAAUCGAAGUCAGCCAAAAGCCGAAAUUGCCACCGGGCCACCAUCGAUCAAGGAGGAAUCUCAAGUCCAAAAGUAUCCGGAAGCUCGCGUAACGAAGGACUACAAGAAAAGAGGAGAAGGUGACAUUACGGUCAAGAAGAAUGACGUCCUGGAAGUCCUCGAGUCAAACAGCCGCUGGUCAAGAUGCCGAACCCUCGAAGGCAUGGUCGGCUUCGUCCCCAACAAAUAUAUCAAUCUCCACCAA